AUGUCACGAAUACUGGAAAUUUUUAAACCCACGAUUGGGAUCGCUUUGAAGUGUCAUAUCGAAGAAGGUUUUAGUCCGAGAAACAUUCUGAAUCUUCCACGGCUCUAUAUUGUCAAGGUUCGAUGGCUCACUUUCGAUGAUCUACUGAAUAUGGAAUGUGAGACGGCAUUUUUGAAACAUCAUUCAUUCACAGUGGAAGACGUCAAAAAGUUCAUAAGCCAUUGGAUGGCUGGGAGUAAUCCAAAACUGAAGCAUCUUAGACUGAACCGUUUCAAAAAGGAGCCGAAUUGGGAACACAUUCUGGAAGGGAUUGAAUAUGGAGUAUGGGAUGAGAAAGAAAAGAAGAAGGGACCAAGAAAUUUCAAGUAA